AGUAUCAUGGCGGAGGGUGGAGGCUCGGCCCGCGGCUCCUGAGGGACCGUCGUCCGCCGCCAUGUACUCGGCCUCUUCCUCCGCCUCGUCGUCCUCGUCGCCGCUCCUGCCGCCUCCCCGGCGGGACUUCAUCUCGGUGACGCUCAGUCCCGGCGGCGGCGGGGGGCUUCCGGCGGCAGCGGCGGGCGGCUACAACAACAGCAAGGCCUGGCGGAGGCGCUCCUGCCUGCGGAAAUGGAAGCAGCUGUCCCGUCUCCAGCGGAGUGUGAUCCUCUUCAUAUUUGCCUUUCUGGCCGUCUGCGGAGUCAUCACUUAUGCAAACAUGGUUGAACCUUGGAAAAACACGCCCGUCAGAUCUUUGGAGGAACUGAAGACGGACCUGGAGAUCCCUGGGUUGAAGCCCGCAAAUCAGGCGAUUCUCCCCAUACCCCAGAAAGCCGACACCAGUCUCGGGGAUUUUUCACUUCAAAAACCUCCCAAACAACUUCCCGUCCGACGAGGGCCUCCAAACCUGCAGAUCAAACCACCUUGGAGAGACUCAAGGGGGAAGCCGCAGGAAGGGGUGGCUGACGCUGAGGGAGAGCCUGGCCAGGCUGGCAAAGAGCACAAAACGGAGAGGUCUGUCAUUAGCUGGAGAGGAGCUGUGAUUGACCAGAGCACGGAGCCGCCAUCCAACAAAAUUAAGGAGCCGGACAAACCUUCACCUGUGGAAUCCGAAGACCAAAAAGAGCCAGUUCCUCUCAACGAGCGCCAGAUGGCGGUGAUAGAAGCAUUCCGCCACGCGUGGAACGGCUACAAGGAGUUUGCCUGGGGCCAUGACGAGCUGAAGCCCAUCUCGAAAUCGUUCAACGAGUGGUUUGGCCUGGGACUGACGCUCAUCGACGCGCUGGACACCAUGUGGAUCCUGGGCCUCAAGGAAGAGUUUGAAGAAGCAAGGAAGUGGGUGUCCACUGACCUCAACUUUGACAAGAACGUGGACGUCAACCUUUUUGAGAGUGCCAUUCGGAUCCUGGGAGGCCUGCUGAGCACCUACCACCUGUCGGGGGACCGCCUCUUCCUAGAGAAAGCUAAAGACAUCGGGAGCAGGCUCAUGCCGGCCUUCAGCACCCCUUCGAAGAUUCCGUUUUCGGAUGUCAACAUUGGCCGGGGCACCGCCCAUCCCCCUCGCUGGACGUCCGACAGCACCGUGGCUGAAGUGACCAGCAUCCAGCUGGAGUUCAGGGAGCUCUCGCGCCUGACCGGGGAAGAGAAAUUUCAGAAAGCUGUGGACGGGGUGAUGCAACACGUCCACUCCCUUGCCGGCAAGCAUGAUGGCUUGGUGCCCAUGUUCAUCAACACCAACAGCGGGCAGUUCACCCACCUGGGGGUCUAUACCCUCGGGGCCCGAGCGGACAGCUACUACGAAUACCUGCUCAAGCAGUGGAUCCAGGGAGGGAAGAAGGAAAAUGAGCUUUUGGAAGAUUACGUGAAGGGCAUAGAAGGGGUGAAGAUGCACCUUCUUCGGAAAUCCCAGCCGAGGAGAUUGACGUUCGUGGGUGAGCUUGCUCACGGCCGCUUCAGUUCUAAAAUGGAUCACCUGGUCUGCUUCUUGCCCGGAGCUCUGGCUCUCGGCGCUCACAACGGGCUGCCCGCAGAUCACAUGACCCUGGCGGUGGAGCUGGCAGAAACCUGCUACCAGAUGUACGCACAAGUGGAGACGGGCCUGAGCCCAGAGAUCGUCCACUUCAACAUGCACGCGCAAAAGGACCGGAAGGACGUGGAGAUCAAGACCGCGGACAGACACAACCUCUUACGCCCUGAGACUGUGGAAAGCCUUUUCUACCUGUACAGAUUCACUGGCGACAAGAAGUACCAGGACUGGGGCUGGGAGAUCUUGCAAAACUUCAAUAAAUACACGCGGGUCCCUACAGGCGGCUACACGUCCAUCAACAACGUCCAGAACCCCAGCAGCCCAGAGCCCAGAGACAAGAUGGAGAGCUUCUUCCUUGGGGAGACGCUCAAGUACCUCUUCUUGCUCUUCUCCGACGACGUGAACUUGAUCAACCUCGACAAGUACGUCUUCAACACGGAGGCCCACCCCCUUCCUAUCUGGCCGUCAGCAUAAAUGGAAGUUGGGGCAUCUAUCAUUCCGGAUUCCUAUCGUGUCCCAACCUGUUGGGGUCUGCAAGGAGUUGCGCAAAAUGCUAUGGGUUCAUUUCUUGCUGGACGGCGUGCCGGGAAGAACGCUCGGAGGAUUACGGAGGGAGAGUUUUUGACCUGGCAUCCACUCCGCCCCCAUGUCUCACCUCCACCUUUCCACCAAGACUUGGAUACACAAGGUUGGACAAGCAAUGAAUUGCGGAGUCCAACUUGGCGCAUAAGAAAUUUUGGGAGGAGCAGGGCUCCUGUUGACCCAGUGAGAUCCACGGAGUUGUAGACUUGUCCUGGUGUCCAAAUUCAUGUCUCAGUGAGGGGUCUUGGUCAGGAACUCCAAGCGAUCCUGGCUGUUCAGCAUCAUUCCAUUGUCUAGACGAUAAGAGGCAGUAAAAGCAAGAAAUGGGUGCCCUGACCCCAGACUCAAAGUGCAGGUUGUGAGUGCAAUUGCCGAUCCUCCAGUGUCAUUCCAAGCCAGGGGGUUGAACUGCUGGCAGAACCACCACCACGUCUUACCUUAUUGCAGUGUUACUGAUGGUGGUGUCCUAAUUUUGACCAGAGCUCUCUUAAUUAAUCUUGCGGAGCUCGUUCCCUGUUGUGAAUCAUAGAGAAGCGAAGUGCAGAGGUGGCUUAUGUGGGUGGAAGGCAGUAUGUACACCUGUAAGUGCGUUGCGUUAGAUAGAUACCUAUAAUUUCUUAAUUUAUCUGCAGAAAUGCAGGGAGACAAUGUGAGAAGGAGACUUUAUGUUCUUAAGAAAACCACGUUAUCUACACAGGAGUUUAGAUCUAUAUGUGUAAUAUAAAUAAUGUUUUGGCUCAGGUAUUUUGACUGAACGCUGCUUCCUGAGGCUACAGGAGACCUGAACAAUGUGUGGGUCACUGCUGUUUCCUCCUCUGGAUUGGAACCCGUGCCUGAAAUGGGGUGGGGGAGGCUGCUGCCCCUUUCCUUGCAGCAUGUUGGGUCAAGCGAGGCCUUGCCACAAAGGAGGAUUCUUGUUUUGCUGCAAGGAAAAAAGGCGUCCAGUGUCUGAUUUCUGUGGUGAGCCCAAAGAGGUUUUCCCCCCAGAGAGAACUGGAGGGUAACGAUGGUGCCCGUUAGGAAAUGGGUUUGUGCAGAGAGAAUAUUGAUUCCUCCCCCCCCCCCCAAAUACUUCAUGCUUAUUUGGCCAUCUUGGAAGGGAAUGUAAAUCUGGAGGAUAGCAGGUUUAAAGAAAUGUUCUGUUGGCUUUUAAAAUACUGAUCAAGAAGGAACAAAGCCAAUAAAGGUGCAAGUUCCAAUGUGUUAAAUACCGGAACGAAUUGGGAGGGGUGUUGGUCUUGAAAGCUCUUCUUAAGGGGGGAGAACUCAGUUGGAGGAAGUAGGAAACCUCUGGGGGCGCUGUGGCUGUGUGACGUCAUUCCUGCGUAAUAUUUUUGUGCUGGUUCGCCGCCCAUCUCCAGGGUUAGUUCCGAGCGGAAAGGAGUCUUGUGCAAUAGCGUGGCUGCAGGAGAACGAAGGGUUUCGCUUCUCCCCAAAGACUCUCUGCGGCCCGGGUGUGCUACUUUUUCAUCGUGUGGGUUUUGUGCCUGUAUCUUGAAAUGUCUGUCCGCCGUCCCUCCAUUUUUUAGUUCUUGCUAAGGUUGUGUAGCAAUUAUUCCUUCCUCCCCUCUUCCAGUCGUUCAUUCGCACAGCUUUAAAGGAAAAGUCCUGUUUUGGAGUUGGGGAGAGGGUGGAGAAAAUCCGCCCUAGUUUUGGGGGCGAUUCUGAUCAGUCACCCCUAUGCACAGACCAGCCUGUGUCCUUCACGUUUUGCAAAGAAGCACCGUCUGUCAAGCUUGCCUCUUAAGCAGUUGAGUGGCAGGACUUCCUAAUAACGGGUGUGGGGGGGCGCACUGGGGAAUUGUCCAGCACCUGCCCUGUCGGAAUGAACAAGAGCCUUGCAAGGGAGCACAGCCGUAGCUGGUGCAGCAGGGCUUCCUGCUGGAUCUUCUUCCUGACGGGCCCUUUUUGUCUUUUUUGGGGGGUGACGGGGCGACUGUGACGACGCUUUACGGAGGCUAUUCUGUGAGUCCUUGCCAAAUCCGGUGCAUGCAUGGAUGAAGGCUUGUUUUUCCUUAACUAGAGGUGCAUGAUAACAAUGGUAGUCUUAAAUAAUAGGAAAAAACAAACUUUCAGAAGCAGUGAGGUUUUUGGAUGCUGUUUACUAGCCGGGAGUCCCAAGUUCUGAGCCAAGAAACUGACAGUUGAACCCUCACUUCUGUCACGGACCUGCAAUGUGGCAGCUGGUCAGCCUCAAUGCCUCUCCCACUCUCCCCCAAAUCUACAGCAAUGAUUACAGUGGCCCUUUGCCUUUCAGAGUUAAGAUUCUGGGGAUAAAAUACACAAAGUGCUUUGAGCACUCAAACCGCAACAUAAAUGCAAAGGAUUUAUUCCCAGUCUCCUCCUGCUGUAACAAUGGAUUUUCAGCAGAACACGCUGUAUGCCAGUUGUUUUAAACAAAGUCUCUUUUUACACUUGCCGGUUUGACUGGCCUGUGAAACACGAACUGAAUAGAGGUUGUGCGUGUGUAAGAUUUGGGGUAUUGUUGUGCUCCCAUUUCCUACCCUAGCCACACAAGUGCACCCUGGAAUUUAAAAGCCAUACUCUAAAGCCGAAUAAUUGCCCCAUUUUGGGGAAGCGGACACUUUACUUGGCACCGAUACCUUCUGUAUAUGAAGCGAGAGGGAGGCUGGUGGGCUAUGGAGCUAGAAGGCAAGGGCUCCCACUUCUGGGGAAAGGCCACUGAUGCAGCCCUGGGUAACAUGCAAUUAGGGAGAGGCACGCCUGCCUUUUUAGCACUGGGCAACCAAUCAUGCCGGAACAAGAUUUCAAACCCCUGGGUCCCACCUGGAGGCAAGUGAACGACCCACCUUUGCAGAACAUGGCUUGGGCUGGUGUCGAACCUGGGCUGCCCCUCCUUUCCCCUGCCUGACUUCAGCGAGGCACCCCAGGCGCUCUCCGCACGGGCCAAGCCCUCUUCAUUCCCUUUGCUUGUGUGUUUUCCCCUCUCCUUUCUUUUAAAGCAAGAGAAGCUCAUCGCUUCCGGAAAUCAUCUCUCCAUGCUCGCUUUGCAUUGCCAAGUCUGAAAACAUUCCUUUUGUGUUGUUAUAUAUGGGCAGGUGUUGCAGAGUCAUGCAUAGAAACGUAGUCUUAUUUCAUUGCUGCUUGUGAACAUUGCUGAUUUCUCCCCCUUCCAUGUCUUAAAAAAGGGGGAAACCGGAGUCUCCUCCUCUGUGGAGAGGGUUACAAAUGGAUGGCCAGAAUUUUCAACUGUCCAACCUCAUGUCUUCUAGAGGCUCAGUGCUGCCACCUUCGCACCUCUGCGGUGACAGGAGCCCUGGUUCAAGACUGUUGCGUCCCCCUUUCCUUGCACUAUUGCUCUGAACCUCUGAGCUUCCCUUCUCCCUGCCCUGAAAGAGGCCUGUGACAGAAGCCUUCUUGGUGUGCUAUCUGGUCCACUCUAUUUGUCAAAUAGAAGAGUUCAAUCCCUUUGUGAAUGUGCAAAAGGUUGUAAGUGUACUUCCCCUUUUCAAGAGGGAGGAUAAAUCUACCUUUUAAAAACAAGAUCGAGUCCCCUCUUGUAAUAGGCAGAAGUAAUUCUAUUCCACUUUAAUAAACUUGUAAUUUAUUUUGA